UUUGGGAACACAGCAACAAGGGAGUAACUUUUCACCUAGAACAAACCACGCUGCAAUGCAAGAGGGGAAAAUACAUGUAUCAUGUUUGCAUGCAGGGCUGGAGAUGGACCCGAACCGGAUCAUCCAGGCCCUGCGGGGGACCAUCGACCCCAAGAUGCGCCUGGCAGCCGAGUCUGAGCUCAACCAGUCGUACAAGAUCAUCAGCUUUGCCCCAACGUUGCUGCAGAUCAUCGUGUCCGAUCAGGUUGAAUUUCCUGUGCGCCAGGCAGCCGCCAUCUAUCUGAAGAACAUGGUGACACAAUAUUGGCCAGACAGGGAACCGAUGCCCGGAGAAAUCAUCUUCCCUUUCAAUAUUCAUGAAAACGAUCGGCAUCAGAUCCGUGAGAACAUUGUGGAGGGGAUCAUCCGUUCUCCUGACCUCGUGAGGGCUCAGCUGACGCUCUGCUUACGUGUCAUCAUAAAACACGACUUCCCUGGCCGAUGGACCGGAGUGGUGGAUAAGAUCGGGUUCUACCUGCAAUCGCAAAACGUCGGGGGUUGGCUGGGCAGCCUCCUCUGUCUCUACCAGCUGGUGAAGACCUACGAGUACAAGAAGGCGGAUGAGCGGACGCCGCUGAUUACCGCCAUGCAGAUCUUCUUACCCCGCCUCCAGCAGCAGAUCGUCCAGCUUUUCCCAGACCCCACCCACUACUCGGUGCUGAUGCAGAAACAGAUCCUGAAGAUAUUCUAUGCCCUCAUCCAGUACACUCUGCCGCUGCAGCUGGUGAACAAUCAGAUGAUGACUCAGUGGAUGGGAAUAUUCAGCAGCAUCGCUGACCGCGACGUUCCCCCGGAAACCUUGCAGGUGGAUGAAGACGAGCGUCCGGAGCUGGUGUGGUGGAAGUGUAAGAAGUGGGCUCUACACAUCAUCACGCGCCUCUUUGAACGGUAUGGGAGUCCUGGAAGUGUCACAAAGGAGUACAUUGAGUUCUCUGAGUUCUUCCUGAAGACCUACGCUGUUGGGGUUCUGCAGGUGCUGCUGAAGAUCUUAGAACAGCAUCGGCAGAAACAGUACGUGGUCCCCCGUGUUCUCCAACAGACCCUCAACUACCUGAAUCUGGGGGUGUCUCACUCCGUCACAUGGAAAAUACUGAAGCCAAAUAUGCAGAGCAUUUCGGAAGAGGUUAUUUUCCCCCUUAUGUGUUACAAAGAUGAAGACGAGGACUUGUGGCAGGACGACCCCUACGAGUACAUCCGCAUGAAGUUUGACGUGUUUGAAGAUUACGUAUCUCCGGCGACCGCAGCGCAGAAUCUCCUCUAUACGGCCUCAAAGAAGAGGAAAGAGGUCCUGCCAAAGAUGAUGAAUUUCUGUUACCAGAUCCUCACGGGGACCUCUGUAGACCCUCGGAAAAUAGACGGGGCGUUGCAUGUUCUGGGCUCGCUGGCGGAAAUUCUCCUGAAGAAAUCUGUGUACAAGGACCAGAUGGAAGUUUUCAUUCAAAACCAUGUUUUCCCGCUAUUCCUGUCUGAGCUGGGCUAUCUCCGGGCGCGGUGCUGUUGGGUUCUACACUCAUUCUGUACAUUGAAAUUCCACAAUGAGCUGAACCUCCGGAACGCGGUAGAGCUGGCGAAGAAGAGUCUCUUGGAGGACAAGGAGCUUCCGGUGAAAGUGGAGGCCGCCAUAGCCUUGCAGAUGUUGAUCAGCAAUCAGGGAUCUGCCAAAGAGCACAUGAGGCCGUACAUCCGGCCAGUCAUGCAAGAACUUCUCCACAUCGUCCGGGAGACGGAGAACGACGACCUGACCAACGUCAUUCAGAAGAUGAUCUGCGAGUACAGCCAGGAGGUGGCGCCCAUCGCAGUUGACAUGACCCGGCAUCUGGCGGAGAUCUUCGUCAAGGUCCUGCAGAGUGAUGAGUAUGACGAGGUGGAGGACAAGACGGUGAUGGCGAUGGGAAUCCUGCACACCAUCGAUAUUGUGCUGACUGUUGUGGAGGAUCACAAUGAAGUGAAGCAGCAGCUGGAGGGCAUCUGUUUGCAGAUUGUCGGUCUCGUGCUGCAGAAACACAUUAUAGAGUUCUAUGAGGAGAUCCUGUCUUUGGCUUACAGCCUAACCAACCAGAACAUCUCCCCACAGAUGUGGCAGCUUCUCGGCAUCUUGUUUGAGGUUUUUCAGAGGGACUGCUACGAAUAUUUCACAGAUAUGAUGCCUCUUCUACAUAAUUACAUCACGGUGGACACGGAGACCUUGCUGUCCAACCCCAAGCACCUGGAGAUUAUUUACACCAUGUGUAAGAAGGUGCUGUCGGGAGAAGCCGGGGAAGACGCAGAGUGUCACGCAGCCAAGCUCCUGGAGGUCAUCAUCCUGCAGUGCAAAGGGAGAGGGAUUGAUCAGUGUAUCCCGCUCUUUGUAGAAGCUGUGCUGGAGCGGUUAACGCGCGGCGUUAAAUCCAGCGAGCUGCGCACCAUGUGCCUGCAGGUGGUCAUUGCGUCCCUGUACUAUAAUCCGGCUCUCCUCCUGAACACGCUGGAACAGAUCCGGUUCCCGCACAGCUCUGAGCCAAUCACUGCGCAGUUUGUCAAUCAGUGGGUGAAUGAUACCGAUUGCUUCCUGGGGCUGCACGACCGGAAGAUGUGUAUCAUUGGCCUCAGUAUUCUGAUGGAGCUCCCCAACAGGCCCCCGGCCGUCAGCGCGUGUGCCUCCGUCAUUGUGCCUUCAAUUCUGCUCCUCUUUCUUGGUCUAAAGCAAGUGUGCGCCAACCGCGUGCAUCCUGACCGGCGGACGGCGGCACGCGUUGCCAAAAGUGAGGCAGAGGAAAACGAGGAGAUCCCAAGCGAUGAGGAAGAAUGUAACAGCUUGGGUCAGGCCAUGCAGGACAAUGUGGGGGAAGACGACGAUGAAGAUGACGAUGAGGAUUGGGAUGAUGAAGCUCUGGAGGAGACGGCACUUGAAGGAUUUAGUACGCCCCUGGACUGCCAGGAUGCCAUCGAUGAAUAUCAGUUCUUUACAGACACAUUGCUUAGUAUACAGAGCAGAGACCCCACCUGGUAUCACUCGCUAACGGAAUCGCUCAGCAAUGAUCAGAAGAAGCAGCUGCAGGAGAUUUAUACAUUAUCGGAGCAGAGGAAGAGUGCAGCCGCAACCCGAAAGAUCGAGCAGCAGCAGCUAUCCGCACAAAGCAUGAGCAGUUCUCAACUCACAGACCAAUGAGUUUCGGAUUGCAAAGAACUCUGGGACAUCUACAUUAUGUCAUGGACUGCGGGCAAACGGCUGAGUACAAUAAAUUAUUUGCCGGGUGCCGCGUCGGACACUCUGUGACAUCAGACUUGGCACACACUGUUAUGGACUGUUCUGACGAGGGGGUUGGUCUCUUGGUAGCAUAAUCGUAGCUCUGACCAAAAACUUACCGAGGAGAAUUGUAAAUUAUUGCUUCAUGGACUAGAACUGGGAACCCAGUUCUUGUGGCCUCUGCACUAUUACCCAUUCACUGUGUUUUGUCAGUUGUCUGUGAUGGAUCUGGAUUGUGACCACUCUGAUGUGCUGCUGGCCCCGCCCCCGUGGAGCCAAGAGAUGGGCGGAGUUAUGCCAGUCGGGAGGAAAUGUCUCUAGCCGGGAACCUAUUUUAAUUGACCAGUGCAACACUGAACGCCAGCCUUUCCGUCUUCAUCUUUAAAUAAAGAAAUGUGUUAAUUUGCAA